CAAAUGUAGACGCAGCAGCUGUGCUGCACACAAGACCGAGCAAUCGGCUUAAGAAAUAGAGCUUAUCUGAGUGCGUUAGGAGAUCAAAAACCGGAUCAACGGCCGUUAUUGUGGUGGUUCGCGCGACGCUGUGGAUUUACCUCAGAGAGACCGAUCCGAACACACCGGAUAUUUCACCGGUCGCGAAAGGAUUAUUGCGGUGAGAGGACACGCCGUUCGGAGCUCAUCAUCACCUGCUCGCUUCACAGAUCACGGGAUUAUCGGAUGGAGCGGAACACCGAGGCGCGGAGCUGCAGCAAUCACGGAUCGCGGUCCCGGUGUCCGGAACUCCUCCGCGGCGACGCUUCCAUGAACGUAUCGAUCAGCUCCACGACGGGAACCCGCUUCGAGCUCUCCGUUCCGCUGGACGAGACCGUGGAGGGGCUGAAGAGGAGGCUGUCCGACAAACUGCGGGUGCCCGGGGAGCGACUGCUGCUGCUGCACCGAGACACGAGGUUAAACUCAGGAAAACUGCUGGAUUUUGGCGUGGUUGACGGAAGCAGACUGACGCUGGUGCCUACGGUUGAAGCCGGGCUGAUGUCGCAGUCGUGUCGCUCGGAGCAGUCGGUCCUGCAGGCGCUGGAGAGUCUCUCAGACGCUCAGGUCAGUGACUUCCUGUCGGGACGGUCCCCGCUGACCCUUGCCCUGCGUGUGGGAGAUCACAUGAUGUUUGUGCAGCUUCAGUUGGCGGCUCAGCCGUCUGGAGGACAGCCGUCCGUUUCAAGGGGUCCUACGGGCCCCAACCAGAUGCCAAGACAGGCCGUCAGCAGUGAAAAUCCCUCAGACUUUCAGCCCAGGGAACAGGAUGUCUUUAAGAGCCACUCUGCCCCACCAUCAUCUCAUGUUCACCACGCCCACAGUGUGCGAAGCUCCGCCCCUGCUCCUCACUCUCAACAUGUUUGCCACUCCCACAGUACUCAAAGCCCCACCCCUCCUCCUCGCAUUCAGUCUGAAGACAGCACUCAGAGCUCCAGACAGCGAUGCAAACCCGGCGCCGUCAUCGAGAGCCUGGUGAACCACGCGCCAGGUGUUUUCUCAGGAACUUUCUCAGGUACUUUACACCCCAACUGUCAGGACAGCAGCGGGCGUCCUCGCCGGGACGUCAACACCAUCCUCCAGAUCCUCAACGACCUCUUGAGCGCCACGCGGCAUUACCAGGGAUCUCCUCCGACGCUGGCGCACCUCCGCUGCCCUCCGGCCGCGCCCUGCUCACCUCCGCCCUCACCUACCUCAGACCGCCAGCAGCCGCACACACACCUGCGCAGGCCCUCCGGUGAGCGUCUGCGUCAGACGGAGAAUAAAGCCACGCGCUGUAAGGUGGAGCAGCUCCAGCUCUUGCUGCAGCAGCGGCGUCUGCGUCGGAAGGCCCGGAGGGACACGCGCGGCCCGUAUCACUGGCUCGCCCAACGCAAGAGCGCACGCAGCCACAGCGACUGCAGCCUGUCCAGCGACGGCUCACUGGACCUGGACUACGAGGAGCCGGUCUGGAAACCCGACGUCCCGUCAGACAUGAACGCGGAGUUUGUCGUGGCCUGAGCCGCAGUUUGACGCACAGCUGGAUGAAAACGUGACACAACAUGGGCAUUAAUGUCCGACUGUGAAACACGCAGACGGUUUGGAUUCGGUCCCUCAGGAGACGCUUUAUGGCGUUCACGUUCGGUUUGCAGUGAUUCUCAGUUCACUUCAUGGAUGUUACGAAACGCAGGAUGUAGCAUUUUCACGUCAGGUGUUCAACUCCGGUUACAUGAUGUUUUGCACAGUUCAUUUCUGUUGAGCAUUAUAAUAUUUUUGAUAUGCGUUUUAAAGGACAGUACUUCAAUCUGAGAUCAGACUUGUUAUUCAGCCUUUAUGAAUCCUGGAAUUGAGCGAAUCUCAUGAAAACAGUUCAUAUUUCACCCCAAAAUCAAAAGAAAACAAUUACUGAAACGUUUUUAUAUAUAUGUGUGUAUGUUUUUUUUUUUUUUUUUUUUUUUUUAAAUUUUUGUUUUUCCUUUUUCCCGUUUUAUUAUAGUACAUAAAGUAAAAAAAAACUGAUGUAUUUUUUUUUCCUAAUUGUUCUAAAAAUAGGCUUUAUUUCUUUAUGAAAAAUUGUACAUUAGUGUUGUCAAGCGAUUAAUCGAAUCCAAAAUAAAGGUUUUUGUGUACAUAUGUGUGUGCUGUGUAUAUAUAAACACACAUACAUGUAUAUAUUUAAGAAAAAUGUUGUUUAUAUUAAAAAAUAUUUAAAUCUAAUUAAAUAUUAUCAAUUAUAUGAAUAUAAUUAUAUUUACAUGUAAAUAAUUUCUAAAUGUAUACUGUAUGUGUGCAUUUAUAUAUACAUAAUAAAUAUACAUACUAGACAGAUUAUGUAAACAAACUUUUAUUUUGGAUGCAAUUAAUCGAGAUUAGUCGUUUGA